UCACUUUAAAUCCUGGUCUCUUUGGUUUCCUCAGUCUUUUCGUUUCAGGGAGCCUUCAGCUGAGAGCCUCCUGGUUUCUGACUGAGCAGCUGAAAUGGCAGUAGACGGUAAAAUCGCAAUAGUGACUGGAGCAGCUAUGGGAAUAGGAAAAGCAAUAACGGAGAUAUUCCUGGAAAACGGUGCCAAGGUUGUCCUUCUGGAUGUGAAUGAAACAGCUGGAAAGAGUUUAAUCGAGGUCCUUGACAAACAAUAUGGGCAAGACAGAACUUUGUUCCUGAACUGUAAUGUGGAAUCAGAAGAGCAGAUCAAAGCUGCUUUGCAGAAAACAGCAGAAACCUUUGGUGGGAUAGACAUCGUGUGCAACAACGCUGGCCUGCUGAAUGAGCAAAUGUGGGAGAAAACUGUCGCUAUAAACCUUAUGGGUGUUAUCAGGAUGAGUUACCUGGCUCUGGAGCACAUGAGCAAGGUGAAUGGAGGUCAGGGCGGGGUCAUCGUCAACGUUGCAUCUUUGGCAGGUCUGGGUCCUCUAAUAAGCUGUCCGGUCUAUACAGCCACCAAACAUGGAGUGGUCGGCUUCACUCGAGCCAUGGCGGCUGCCUCUACCGCUUCAGGUUAUGGCAUACGGUUCAACGCGCUUUGCCCAAGUUUUGUCCAAACUGAUCUCUUCGUCAAUACUGCAUCACGUCUUGGGCAAUUCUCCCACCUGGCUGAUGCAGCUAAACAGAUUGAAGACAAGUUUGGGGUAUUAAAUACGUCUGAGGUUGCAGAGUGCGUCCUGGAGCUGGUGAAAGACGAGACGAAGAAUGGAGAGGCCUUGAUGUUGAUUCCUAAAGGGAAACAAUACAUAACUUUUCCAUCAUUCAGUUAGAGGCUCUCUAAAAUUAAAUCCACAACACCAGCAUUGGCAGGUAUUGUAGUAUAACUAAAUGCCUCAAGUGCCUUUGUUUACAACUACAUCAGACAAAUUUGAUCUGAAAUGUGCUAAUAUUGUCGAAAAUGUACAGGGGAAGUCUAAGCUGUCCACUGUUGCCUCUUCUUCUUCUUUCAUGAAUUUUUCUAGUACUUUAGGUAAUGCUGAAAUAAAAUAUCGUAUUUUU